AUGGCCCCUCCCAAAGGUGUCAAAAGCAACGGCUUGAUCUCCAAUUUUUUCAAGCCUUUCAUCACCCAGAAGGCGCCGAACAGUCUGCCGCAAGAAAUCGGCGACGAAAUCGUAGUAGCAGCUCGUCCACCACUUUCCCAGCAGCACCAGCAGCAGCCAACCGAGACAUGCGCAUCACAAACAAAGACAACUCCAACGAAACGGAAGCCCGGUCGACCAAGGAAGUCUCCUGCUUCUUCAGUCUCGAAAAGCUCCCAGAGCGAUGGAUCCCACACACCGAAACGAAGAGGCCGCCCGAGGAAGCAUCCGCUACCUUCAUCGCCCUCGCAAAGCUCUCACGAUGGAGUGAAGAAGUCGUCGAGACCAGUGGGCCGUCCAAGAAAGACUGAGUCCCAGCGACAACGCGAUGAGCAAUUGGGCGGUAGUGCAUCCAGUCCCAUACAGCUUUCCGAGACCAAAUCUGAGCGCUUCAACAUCAACCCGCUAACUGACGAAGCCGAUAUCACUCCCACUGAAGAUUCGCCCUUCCGCCCUGCAGGUGACAGUCCUAAGCAACGUAUUGCAAAAGGCGUCGCCGCUCUCUCCCCGAGUCCACCUCGCAAGACAACAACCGAGAUGCCCGCGCCGCCAUUACCACAGCCACAAUUUGGCACACCCGCAGACAAAACACCCAACGCUUCCUUCUCUUCCAUAUCCACCCUCACCACCGUUCCAAAUUCGCAAGCCUCCAGCUUUCCAGUCAGCUCCAGCACGUCUAGUAGGCGGAUUGUGAGUGAUGGCUUGCAAGGUGUCACUGGCUCGGAUUCUGAAUCUGAAGACCUCGAAGAUAUCCAAACGGUGUACGCCAAUAAGAGGAGGAAACUAUCGCAGGAUGAUGGCGUCAAAGCCGCCGCACCGAAGCAGCCACCACCUCAAAAGAACACACGUUUGUCUGAUCAGGAAAAGAGCAAGAACUUUUUCAAGGCGUUUCCACGUUCGCCCGCAAAGCCUGUACUCAAGAACAGUCUGGCCAGCUUGUUGGCAGACCAUGAAAAGGAUCAAAUGGCCGAUGCGACUAUCGCGAGUCUUGAAAGCGCAGUGGAAGAGUCGAAGAAGCAGGAGGAGAGGGAACAAGCGCUUGAAGAUGCUGGGUACGAUGGAGAUGCAAUCGUUGCCGCUGCUGGGAGCGAUAGUGAGGACCGCGAGAAAGUUAUCAUGGCUUUGGCCCGGACGGAAGCACUGCACAAGAAGGGCGACUAUCACUUCUUCCUGGACCCCGAACCCCUACAUACCAACUCUCCCUUCCCGACCGAAUCCUUACCAGAUGAACCUUGGGCCAGAAUCUACCGCAACGACGUCUCGCGAAGGGAAGCCUGUGUCUCUGGAUUUGCUGCUGAGCUGGCCGCAAAGUUCCCUCUGCCCAUGACAGUCACGAGCUGGAUGGCAUGCCAGUUGCAAUACGAGCAGAGUGAAGAGUUGUGUGAAGCAUAUGUUGAGAUUCUGAGAGCAUCUGGGCACGAUGAUCAAUCGAUAUCUGACACCUGGGGCUCUCUAAACUCGAUAUACAAGGCACGGUCACUGUUCGAGAACAACUGGAGAGAGCACGUCAAGACCGCCCUGCCUCGAGGAUUGAGCUACAUGGUGCGACUGAUAUCCUUCCGCGCUCCAUCUAUUGACAACGUUGUCAGCGAAGCAUCACCCAACAGCACAUGUGCUGCUUUUCUGGAUCUGACGUUGAUGAAUGUCGACGAACUCGUUAAAGCCGAUAUCAGCCUCUCCCUUCUGAUCGCUGACUGCAUCGAGGACAUGCUAGAUGCUUUGAGUGAGCAUUCAUUUCACAAGCUCAUCCCACUAGUGGUCGGCACCAUGUUCUCGCCCAGCGACCUGCCAGAAUUCGCACGUUGUCGAGCCAUCGCUGCACUACCAGCAAGCACACCCAGAGCACACAAAAUCCGCCGCCGACUGGCUCUCGAAUACUUCAACACGACCGAAAAGAAAGCCUGCGACCCACCAGACUGGCCCAAAUCCAUCAUCCACACCCUCAAAAGCAAACUCGAGUUCCACAUCUCCGAAUCGACAGACUACGCCCUCCUAACAGCCCUCACCACCGUCCUCGACAUCGCCAUCGACGCCGGCUGGACCGACUACUCCCUCCUCGCCCCUCGCGAAUCCACCGGCCCCUGGGGCGAACGCCAACCCCCCAGCGCCGCCGAAACCAAACACAACAAAGACAUCGACGCCAUCACCGACGUGCUCAAAAUUCUGGCCUCCCGAAUCCGUGACGCGGGGACUAGUCAUCUCCGCCGAACGGAGACCAAGUCCGCGAUCGAGCAGGUCAUGGCGCGGUUGCAGUUUUGUGUGCGGUCGAGAGCGAGGCCGACGAAGGACGUGUUUGAUGAGAAGGUCAUGAAGCAGGCACGGUUUGAUGUGAGUAGUUUCGCGAGGAAAGACAAGGACGAGGAGAAGGACGAGAGGGAAUUCGUGGAGGUUGUGCCCGUUGAGGAUCUUUCGGGCAGGGAGGCGGAUGAGGAGGAGGAUGCUACGGCGGGUGGGAGUGAGGGGAGUGGGAGUGAGUGUUUGGAGAUGGUGUAG